AUGGUCUCUAUCAUUCAACUCGCCGCACAGGAAUUUCUAAGAACAGAUCCUGCUCUAGUCAAAGUCAACCAACCGGACGUUUUAAGUUUACAUGCCGAGUUCCUUCGUGUCUGCGGUCACGAUGACAGCAUCAUCAAAGUCACGCCGUUGAAGGUCGGCAGUACCGUGAGCACACUACAACUACAGCUGCUGCAGAACGACAAAGUCAAAAUAAUUGCACUGGCCAAUUCAACAAAUUUUGACAUCCCUCUGGGACCGACAGCGCCAGAAACCGACAGCUGGAAACUCUCACCGCCUCCUAAACCCAAGCCAGAUUUCGAUGCCGUACUCGCCCAUAAGCCCGACCCUAACUGGAUUCCAGCCAUGUACACCGGCGAGCUUCUGCCCAUGACCGGCCGUUUGCUCUUCUUAAACCCCUGCCACGACUUUCCAGAUCAGGGUGUCUGUGAUGCCUGGAAUGGCUGGAUAGGUGACGAGCGAAUGAAUGAGACCUACAUGCCUGUGAUGGCCGAGGUCAUGCCGUCGUUGUCUGAUACGCUCCUACGCACUGGUGGGCCGUACGACGCCCGUGUGUUCCAUGGAAAAGCAGCGCUAUGGGCUGAAGCGAAUCCCGGUGUGCCUUUGGUGAUGGAUUCGAAUACUAAUGCUGAGGUCGGUUGA